AUGAAGCAUGGAGCUAUACAUGGCCUGCCAUACUACUAUAGAGAAAGGGAGGGAACAGACAUAUUAUCGAAAACCUUAGCGUCUAAUGAGGCACUGACUCCACUGCAAAUUCCUUCACGCCCAACUGUGUCCCAGGAUAGAUAUGAGGAGUUAAGAGAUUCACUUCAGUGGUGCAGGCUUCCCUGGGAAACCGAAAGAGAAUAUGGAGGAAUUGUACCAGUUUCAUUGCCAGAAGAUCAUAGAGCAAAGAAUGAGCCUCCUUGUUUGUUUGCUAAAGGACAUCAACAUUAUAGUUAUGGUGGAGAUUCCUGGCCAAGAGGUCUUCCCAUUGAACAGUAUUAUGAUGUAACCCAGAUGAAAAAAGGUGAUGUCCGUAUGAAUGAUGAUCUGCUUCCUAAAUCUCCAGAUAAUUCAGUCAAACCAUUAUCCCUGCCAUUUCCAGUCACACACCCCUACCAGACACACAUCUCCAGGUAUGCCACAUUCCCAAACUUUAAACCACCAGAGGAUCAAGACACUGGCAUCCAAGCAAGCAACCAUCUACCUACAAAGGCUUAUGAUGUGAUUGUUUUGAGAAAGACCCCCAAAGGUAAUCCAUAUAGACAUGAAGUCAUCAGCAUUCCAUCGGACUCCCAGAAGGAGGCCUUGCAUUGGCCAGGACAACAUGCAUACUUUCAUUUUCCUAAAUUUGUUGAAGGAAGCAGUCAUAUAUACUAUCCAAAGCCACCAAAGACUGUGGCUCCAAACGCUACAUGCAACCCACUGGAACCUAAUCUCUCUCCAAGGACAACCAACAUGCUGCGAAAUGUAGAGAGGGCCCAGUGGAUAACAACACAUAACCAUGAUUUCACAGGUAGAGGUCCCAUGAACCCCCUUGUACUGGACGAUUACAACAUGAAGUUAAUUGGCAGAGUAACUGAAGAAUUAGGGGAAGAUGUGGAACUGAAAGAAACAUUUCUGCCUAGUCUCUCACAAGUGAGACCCCUAGAAGGGCGCAUCGCACGUUUCCUCCAAAGUCGGCGUCCCCACGAAUCAGUUUUACAAGAACAGGAUUCCUCAGAUGUCCGCGUGCCUCCAGUUUUGUGCACAGUUCAUGCUGUCAUACCCAGUUACUCAGACAUGAUACUUAGCAAUAGGAAAACAGCGACAAAUCUGGAUCAGCAAUGUAAACAUACAGAAAAUGAAGCCAAGAAAAGGGAGGACGACUCGCUGCAGACUCUUCAUCUGCCUCAAGCAUGUUACCAGAGAGAUGAGAGUCAGGAUAACAGACGUAUAGUAAACAAAUUUCAGAAAAUCACAGAUACAUGGCAAAUGGAAGCUUUGUACAGAAGGCAGCUUGCAGUCAGACCUGAAUCUGAACCUCCUCCCACACCAUCUUGGAAUUCCCUUUACUAUGAAGAUUUGAAACCCAGCCAUUUAGACCAAUACAUUGUAUGGCACAACCCAGUUAGUCUUUGUAAGCCAGGUGUACCAAAGAAUCAAACAGGUGGAGAAGGUGGACAUUUUCAACCUGAGUGCAAUGAUCAAGAGGAAACCCAAUAUGCUUUGAGUUUGGAUGGCAACCCACCUAACAUGGCACUGUUUGAAUGGAUUCCUAAUUCUGGGGUGCCUCGACCUCAGACAUCAUUACUCGAGCUUCAGGAUUCCUUUUCUAAAACAGGAGCACACAAACGUUUUCAUAAUUCUAUUAACGGAGAAGCAAAAGACCUCAGGGAUAAUAUUCAUGAAGGGAGGAGGCACACAUUCUAUGGCUUCAAUUCAUUUUAUUUCUAUAACUGA